AUGUCUCGUAUUGCCAUCCCCGUUAUACUUUGCGGCCGCACCGCCGCCGUAGGUAGACCCGUCUCGCAACUACUCCGACCCGACUAUGAAGUAAUCCAUUUCAUAACAUCACCGGAGGGCGCACACGCUGACCUCCCGCUCCUCCUCGCCGGUCGCGACCCGCAGUCCACCGCGCCCAACGACAUCGGCACGCACAACUACACUCAGCCCCCGCGCGCCGUGAUCUUCGGGCGCGGGUUCACUCCUGAUUUCGUGCAGGAGCUGAAGAAGGCGUACGCCGAUCGUAGCCAGGAACCUGUCGCCUGGGUAGCAGGCGACCCGGCCAAGGUGCCGACCGGUAUCCCGGGGCCGGGAUAUGCGGAGGUCUACCGCGGUACUAGUGAAACAGGUUGAGAUAUAUAUUGAGACCAGAGCACUGCACGCCUUAAUUUAUCGAGACACUGAAUAUAAG